AUGACUGUUGCAUCCGCAUCCAACAACGCCGCCGGCAGUGUCGCCGGGCCCAGCCGUCUCUCGGCCUCACCCAAAAAGACCUUCUACCCUGUCUGGCCACAGUCCCACGAUGAAGCAGAGUACUUUGAAGUGCCUCCGGACCACUUCUUGGCUCAGCAACGGGGUUCCAACAAGACUCGUCCCACCAACUCAUCAGAGCAUCUCUUCGCUCGACGUUUGUCCGCAUCAUCCGUGUCCACCACCUCUUCCACCCUCGGCCAAGCUUCAAUGCCUCUCGCUGGCAUCACCGGCCGGUCUGAUGCCGUUACUGCCGCUCUCUCCACAUCACCUUCGCAAGCUUUGUCCGAGCUAGCCACCGCCGUUCGCUCAGGUAUCUCGGCUCUGCCGUCUUCGCUAGGUCACAUCAAUAACCCUCUAGACCGCCUCGCCGACGCAGUGCCCCGUCCCACUGGCUUCUCCACCGUCGACGAACAUAUUCCCGACACAUCCACGCUAGCUGCCGCUGAUUUUGACGUCGAUGUACGAUCUGGAUUUUUGCCCCCAGAGGCGCCUGUACGUCGCCUUAGCGCCCCGUAUGCCGAGCAUUGGGAGCAUGCACUUGACCUCGCCAAACGCAUUCCUCUCAUGCACGGCGGCGGUGGCACAAAAACUACUCCACAUCAGCGACUCCUAGCUCGUCGUUGGCGUCGCUCGAUUCGUGAAAUGCCCAUCUUGCCUCUUUCCGAUGAGCUUGCAAAUGACAUUCGCUACGCACGUCGAGGCCAUGUCGUCCUCUCCUUCCUCGCCCACUUUUACAUCCACAGUCAGCCGCGCAAAGUCACCGCCGCUCUUGCCGUCGCACCACAGCGCACUUGGCUCAACAUGUUCUCUCGCAAAACGCCCGACGACCUCCAAGACGAGCAGGACCUCGCCGAUGAGCUUGCUGGCAAGUAUAUGCGACGCCUUCCCGCUGCCAUUGCCGUUCCCUGGGUCCAGCUCUCCCAGAAGCUCGACUUGCCUCCCGUGCUCACUUACGCCACCACAGUGCUCUGGAAUUGGGACUAUAUCGACCCUUCACGCGGCCUCGAACCCGACAACCUCAGCAUCGUUGAGACGUUUACUGCGACACCUUCCGAACACCACUUCUUCUUCACCUCGCUCCUCAUCGAAGCAAGAGGCGUCGAGGCGCUCGAACUCAUGCGUGUCAGCUUGGACGAGGCUUUCGUCGCCGAUCGUGUGGCGCGUCGCCGAAUCGCUGGCUACCUCAACAGGCUUGCGGUCGUCAUUAAGAGCUUGACCAAGCUCCUCCACGAUGUUCGCAACGGGUGCGACCCAAAAAUCUUCUACUGGGGUAUCCGACCUUGGUUCGUUGGUAGCGACACGGUUGACAAGGGUGAAGAAGCUGGAUGGCAUUUCGAAGGUGUCGACCCAGAGGGUAUCAAGCGUGUCUUUUCGGGGCCCUCUGCUGGACAGAGCUCCAUGAUCCACGCCAUCGAUGUGUUUUUGGACGUCGAUCACACUCGAAGAAAGCAACGCCUUCACCGCCCUGCUGCCACUACUAACGCUGACGCUAGAGGCGCAGAUGCCACUUUUAUGGAGCGAAUGUCGCUCUACAUGCCCGGUCACCAUCGAGCUUUCCUCUCACACUUGCGCAACAUCUCCUUCGACGAUGCCGACCAGGACCAAGAUGAAGAGCUCCAAGAUCUCGAGCCGCGAGAGGCCAACAGCGAUGCGGACGGCGAGCAGCAGCUCCGAGAGCUUCCACAUCCCAUCCGUAGUCUAGCACUCAAAGCCAAAUCCGAGGAGCACGACGAAGGUCUUCCAGCAGCGUAUGACAACGCGCUUCAGGAGCUCAAAGCUUUACGUGACGAGCAUAUGAAGGUUGCCUAUCUCUACAUUGUUGCUCAGGCGCGCGGUUCGCCACCCGACGCCUAUGCGCCACUUGCCAAGGGCUUUACCGGUGAGCCCAAUGUGGACCGACGCCUGGCUGCUAAAGCCAAGGCGCACGCCGAUGCAGAGGCUGAGGCACGUGCAAUUCUCGACACCAAUUCCAAGGACAACGGAGGAGGAGCAAAGGGAACUGGCGGAACCGACCUGGUGACUUUCCUUCGCGACUGCCGUGUCAACACCAUCGAUGCACUCAUCAUGGCCAAGCAAGCUGCUGUCGCUACAUCAUCGACCUCCACCUCGACUCGUACCCCUGCCAGCACCUCGACCGUCGCCAACACUACGGUCGCUGCCGAUGUGGUUGACUCUGCAUCGUCGGCCGUCAACGCUGCCGCCGAAAGUUCAUCAGGUCAGUCCUCCUCCUCCUUCGCCUCCUCCUUCCUUCCAUCUCAGCGUCUGCACAACGUCUCGACUGGGGAUGUGUCGGACACCAUGGCUGCCCCGCAGAACACGUUGACUGACUCUGUGACACGCCUCUCUCCACCUCGCGAUGACGCUUACGACGUGCAGGUCUGGGCCGUUGAUGUCUCUGGCCACUCGGACCUGCUCACGGAACUCGAACUGCGCAACCUGACAGCAGACCUGCUUCCUGGAAAAGCCAACGCAGCGGAUCGAGAGAAAGUGCUCAAGUACUACCGUCAAGCGGACCGGGUGCGCUCGCUCGUCGCGCGUCUGCUUCCACGCUUACUGCUAGCGACGCACUUCGAUGUACCCUAUGACGAGGUCCGCUUCAGUGUGACGCGCCAAGGGCGACCGUACAUAUCUGCUCCGCGGUUGCCGGUUUACUUUGAUUUCAACAUCUCGCACGACACCGACUGGGUUGUCAUGGGCUUCUGUACUUCGCGUCUCGCUGUCAGUGAUCGCAAUGCGCCACGCGUGGGAACCGAUGUGAUGGCGUUGCAACUGCCCAAGUACGAACAGGACGUACGCUCGUUCGUUGAGACUAUGGAUAUUGCGCUCACCGCCAGCGAAACCCGAUGGGUGCUCGAGCCGCUCACGUGCGCCUCUGGCUGCGGCGCAGAAACGGCGCUCCACAGACUGUUCACGCUGUGGACGUACAAGGAAGCCUACACGAAAAACCUGGGCAUGGGAUUAGGCUUCGACUUUUCUCGCAUCCAAUUCGACUUUGCGUCGGCCUCGCAGCCACAGCUCAGCAUCGACGCGCAGGUGCAAACGGCGUACAAGUUUGUCGAUGUGCUUCUACCGUCAUCGGCUGCAGCCGGAGCUGCAUCACAGCUCGUCGUAUGCCAUGGACCUCACUCUAACCUCGACCAGCACAUAAUUGACAAGCAGAUCAGUGCGCACCAGGCACAGCGUUCGCGCUUGCUGCGUGUCAUGACGCUCGAGCAGUUGAUUGCACAGGUGCGAUCGCUCGUCACAUAG